AUGACACAAGUUCAUUUUGGCCAACCUCUUCCUAGCAAUUUGGACUAUGCGGUGUCGUUCGGUAUUCCUACAUGGGAGUCUGCUGUGGGGUACGUGGAGAAAAACCCAGUUUUUGUCAAUAAAAUGGUGACUGGAUACCCUAGAUAUUUUCCUCAACCUGCCAUACAAGAACUUUGCGAUCGUUUGAAAAAAAAAUUCGACCGCGAAGCAGAAGGCUGUCGCCCUUUUCCUUCUUUGCAGUGCGCUUCAAGAUGUCUGGAAUAUGUGAGGUCGGUACACGGCUCCCAGAGUAGAGCCUUCCUCGAGUCUGAAACUUUUAAUUUGAGUGAUACUUCGGACGAUGGCACUCCACUGAUCGCUGUAACGAUAGCUGCUGUUUUCGCCUUAGACGAGGAAUUCGAAACCGUGAAAGAAUAUUGGAAACUGACGGGCGAAUGCGUAUCGAGUCGUUUAGCGGUUCUUACUAAUGAAUGCCUAGAAGAUGCGGAUUCAGAAUCAAAGCCAAGUCCAAUUCUUUUCAAGAAGGCAGGUAUUGCUGUGUUGAAGAAAAAUGGAGAAGAGGCCACGAGUCAGGUGAAAAUGAGAGUGGCAACUAACCACACUUCGCCUUUGGGAAAAAAAAGCUCUGAAGGUAAGAUCCCGAUUAAUCCUUUUAGAGACGUGUUUCUAGUAUCCAGUGGUAUGUCUUCGAUCUUCAAUACCCGCAAAUUGCUUACAUUCCUGGAAUGCAACAAAAGCCUUGGGCACCUACCGGUGAGUAAAACUUGCAAAACCUUUUGCGACACGGCAGCUGUCUUUGGCUUUCCUUUCAAAGAUACCAAAGUUAUCAUGGAGAAAUUUGGUAAAUGCCAAUUCUUUGGGUUUGGUGACUCCAGGGAUAUAGCCGAGUUAAAAAAAUACUUGAGGAAUGGAGAAAAUCGUAUCUUGGGCAUUUUUUUAGAGGCCCCUUCCAAUCCUAUGCUAAACAUACCGGACCUUCAAGAACUGAGAAACAUUGCGGACGAAAAUGGGUUCUGUGUUAUUGUUGACGAUACUAUUGGGGGUCUGAACAUGAAUAUUUUACCUUACGCUGAUAUUGUUUGCUCCUCUCUCACCAAACUCUUCAGUGGCUCCAGCAAUGUCAUGGGGGGUUCAAUACUACUCAAUCCACUGUCUCGGUGGUACAGUUUUGCUCGCACUUAUUUUGAGAGUAGCGAGUUCGAAGAACUUCUUUGGCUUCAAGAUGCGAUUGUGCUUGAAGAAAACUCAAGGGAUCUUGUUCAAAGGACAAUGAAAACGAACGAGAACACAAGGAGGCUCGUUGAUGAGGUGCUCCUACCGCAAGAGGGAAAACUCUUCAAAAAGAUGUACUAUCCAUCCCAAAGCUCCAAGGAGACCUUGAGAAACUACGAUGCCGUUCGUAGUCCAGAGGGUGGUUAUGGAAGUAUGCUUUCGUUAACCUUUUACAAUGAGAAAGAUGCCGAAACGUUUUACGAUAAUCUAGGAGUCUACAAAGGGCCUUCGAAUGGCACAAACUUUACCUUGGCAUGUCCCUAUGUUCACCUGGCGCAUCACUUCGAACUCGAAGCCUCGUCUAAAUUCGGAGCUGAUCCUAAUUUUGUAAGAGUUAGCGUUGGACUAGAGGACUUUCAGUGUUUGAAAACAGCUUUUGCGGAUGCUAUUGCCGUGACAAGAGGAUAA